AUGGCCACCGUCUCGCCCACCCCGGCGGCCGCCGGCCCCGUUCGAAGGGCGUCGCAGCGACAGCAGACCUUGAGGCGCCUACCUUCGCGGACGAACCUCGCCAGGAGCGGGAACCAGCUUCUCUCCUCCGCCGCCCGCCCCACGCCCUCCAGCAACAACAGCAGCCAGCAGCAGCAAUACCACGACGACAGCUCCGAGGAUGAGAUCCCUGUGCCUAUGAAGCUCAGCGCCCUCACAAAGGCCCUGCUCAACGACGGUGCCCCCGACGCCGUCGACAGGCCGUCCUCGCCCCCGCGGACACGACGCCGUACCAGCCAACUAAGCGCGUCGGGAGCGGCGCCCUCGCACGACCAGCGACACUCGAGGGCCGCCAGCGCCCAGCCUCCCGACGCCAGCAGAGCCUCCAGGCCCCCGAGCAGCGAAGCCAGCCCCGUCAGGAAGCGCGUCGUGCGACUCAGCAACACGCCCCAAAGCCUGGGUCAGAUGCAGCCCUCCAAGAGGCGCUCGACCUCGACGUCUCGCGCCAGUGGUGCGCAGCGUCCGGCGCGCCCGUCGAGCCGCGCUGGUGCCCGGGACACGUCGGCCGACGGGAGGUCCGACUCGCAGCAAGAUCAGCGGCCCGACGUCAACACUCCUGCCCGGGCCGAGCGCGUCGUGCGCAUCGUCUCCGGAUCCUCUGGCAACCGUGGCCGAGUUGCCUCUGCGGCGCCGUCGUCCGGGCGAUCGAACUGGGACCGCUCAGCUGCCGACCGGUCCGCACUCGAGGUCGACUCGGAGCAGCCCGAGCCCCCCGAGACGGUCGGCCGCAACUCCGCCAAUGCCAGCCACGGCAGCGUCUCCCGCUAUCCGUCGACGAGAAGCCGCAGCGACGACAACGCCAACCUACAGAGCUCGAUGCGUGUCAAGCGCGUCGGCAAGAUUCCCGGCAGCUUCCUCAGCGGGCCGGCGCGCCGGGGACGAAGACGGCAGAGCGAGGAGGAUGCCGAGGUCAACGGCGAAGGCGAUCCCAUGAUGCCAAGCCAGGAGCCCGAGCUCCAGCUCGGCGACCAAGCCCCCGACGCGUCCUACUACGCCGACGGUAUUCGCAACUUCAACUCUGGCAGCCCCGUUAGUGGCAACGCCGCUGCCAGAGCCAUUCUACGGAGGUAUGCCUCGGAUGCUGACCUGCACGCGCCAGGGUCUGCCAGGCCGCCGUCCCGGAGCACUCGACCGGAUGGUAGGAACGCGGACGAGAGGCGUGAGCCCCUACGAAUCGGGAUGCCCGCGGCCCUCGACCAAGAGAACCAAGCCCCUGCCAGCUACCGGCGAUCGAAAGCCACGUCCGAGCACGUACUCGACAAGGUUUCGCGGCGACCCUUGAGCGUCGAACUGGGCGCUGCGAAGGCCGCUUCGCCAGAGAGAAAGCCGCUCGCCCCCCUCGCGCACAACACGCCGCGCAGGCCCGCUCCGCCGCCGCCGCCGCCCAAAAUGUCCGUCCUCGAGGCGGCAACGUCGACGGCGGGGGCGGCGGCGACGACGACGCAGGCCAAGCAGCGGCGCAAUGUCCUCCGGGUCAACGGCAAAUGCUACACCAGGCUCGACUGCCUCGGCCGCGGCGGCAGCGCCAAGGUGUACCGCGUCACGGCGGAGAACGGGAACAUGUUUGCGCUCAAGCGCGUGUCUCUGGAGAAUGCCGACGAAACGACCGUCAGGGGCUACAAGGGCGAGAUUGACCUGCUCGGGCGGCUGUCCGGCGUCGAUCGCGUCAUCAAGUUGUUUGACCACGAGAUGAACUCGGACAAGCAGGUGCUUACCUUGCUUAUGGAGAUGGGAGAGCUCGACUUGAACAAGCUCCUGACGUCGCGGCAGAACCCGGAGCAGUCCAAGUUCGACCCCGUGUUUGUACGCUUCUACUGGAAGGAGAUGCUCGAGUGUCUGCAGUCGGUCCAUCAGUAUGACAUUGUGCACUCGGACCUGAAGCCCGCCAACUUUGUGCUGACGGACGAGACGGUCAAUGUCCAUCGCGAGACGCAGAUUGGCACGCCCAACUACAUGUCGCCCGAGUCGCUCAUGGACGCCAACAACCCCCGCGGCGGACGCCUGCCGGGCCGGCCCAAGCUUAUGAAGCUGGGGAAGCCCAGCGACGUCUGGUCGCUGGGCUGCAUCCUGUACCAGAUGGUCUACGGCCUGCCGCCCUUUGGCCACAUUGCCAACCAGAUGGCCCGGUGUCAGGCCAUCAUCAACUGGGACCACCACGUCGAGUUCCCGUCGCGCGCCAUGGGCGGCGUGCCGGUGCCACCCUCGCUGCUGCGGACCAUGCGGCGGUGCCUCAACCGCGAGCAGCACAUGCGGCCCACGUGCGACGAGCUCCUGCACGAGACAGACCCCUUUCUCUACCCCGUCGAGCUGGGCGACACGGCGCUGCCCAUCGACGAGGAGCUGCUUGCUAGGAUUAUCCAGAGCGUCGUCACCAGGUGUCGCGAGCGCAUACCCACCGAGGCCGAGAGCAUGAGCGUUUGGCCCCAGGCCUACUGGUCCAGCAUCAGGAAGGCAAUGGCCGGGAGGAUGUGA